UACUAGCAAUAAAUUAUGAUAUAAUUUAUCGAUAUUGCCUUAUUAAAACAUGUUUUCUUCGCGUCUCAAAGCUGACAACUUCACCAAAUAGACGAAAACAGACGUAAUGACCCUACAAUUCGAUGGAAGAGAUAUUUAGUUCAGGAUAAAGUUCAAAAAAUUAAAUCGCAACAAACAUUCAUUUCUUUAUAAAACGGCUUUGGAACUACAUAAUCCGUAAUUUUAGAUUAUUAAAUUUAUUGUUAGUUGAUACAUAAUAAAUAGGUACAAGCAGGUCUACCGUUUUAGGCUCACGUCUGAUCUUUAAAUCACAUUUAAUGGUAAUGUUCUUCAUCAUUUUCAGAUUGAUUCAAGAUGUUUCACGAUCUUCUUUAAACGUGUGCGGAGGAUACGUGACAAAGACAAAGAUUUACGCGAUAUGGGGCCAAACUUUACAUUUGGGAUGUUAUGCAAAAUUACCCUAUACCUUCUCUUCGGAAGAUGUAGUUUGGUACCAUUAUUCCAAAGAAAAAGGACGACAAGAGCUCCAAUUCCAAUCAGACAAAUACAUCGAAACGUCCCAGCAUGGUCUCGUUAUAUUAAGCGCUCAACAAGAAGAUUCAGGACAAUACGACUGCUUCGUUGGCACUUCCCUUCUAUGUUCGUAUGAGGUUAAUAUAGACUUUGAUAGAUGUUUAUCGCCUAAUCAAAAUGAAAAUUACCAAAAAAUUUACGCUGAUUGGUGCCGUGAAUUUGAAAAAUACAAGCAGUCUCGAAAAACAUGGGAGAAGAAAGAGGCGGUAAGUUAUUAGGUGUAGGGUAGUGCUUUUGUAUGAAGAUUUGAACCAAAUUAAGAUAGAUUUUAUGAUAAUAAAAUAAUAUAAAUAAUCUACACCCAGAUAAAAUAACUUCUAAACAUAAGUUCUUGCAUGAUCUUUGGUUCUCAUUAGCACGCCGUAGACACUUCUCAUAGAUGGUGUUCACCAUAUAAUUGUUAAUUUGCUCAAUAACCGUCCCCAAAUUUGUUAAUUUUCGGGUCGGUUAAAUUUAGAUUUUGUUAUAGAUAAAAUACGAUUGUAAUAAAAUACCCAAUUUUGCAGUCCCCACCAACCGGGUUACAUAUAUUGGUGUCUCCCCAAAUUGUUACUCUACUUAACUCCCCCAUUCGUAGAUAGAUAUUUUUCAUUAACAUUGGAAGAAUAAAAAAGUCACUGAAAGCCAAGUCUUUG